AUGAUCAAAGAAUCUGACGAGACGAUUCCCAAUGCCAUUUGGAUGCCCGUCGAGCACGUGCAGGGCAGGACGUUGUGCGCGAGGAAAGGGGUCACAUUUGAGCAGGGAGACAUUUUCUUGAUCCGCAUCCGCUGCACGGCUGGUUCCGAUGCGGCCAUCAGCGAUCAGCAAAGGGCGUUGCCGCCGUGCGAGAUGGCGCCAGUCAUGGAACUCUUGCUCGACAAUGGCAAAGCUUCGAUGGUUCUGCGAGACUGUGCGGCACUUGCCGGCACCACCAUUAGCAUUGAGCAGAAACCGUGUACGCCGACCACGUCCGGCCUGGCGCGGCAUGGAAGGAUGUUUGAUCUCGAGGCUCUGAGGGCACGGCGCGUGGUGCAUGACCGCUGGAUAUUCUUCUUUGCGAGCGUCCCGCUGCGGGUACCCGGCGGCGUCGCAAGCCCAACGAACGGCAGUGCCAUCUUUUAA